CUGUUACCUGGCAACCGCUCCAGGAAGAUUGACAAUCCGACAGCGCGUUUGGUCGAUUCACGGGACACAGUGGAAAGAAACACAACUUUUGAAAAGUCCAAAAAAAGGAAAUUAGGCAGGUCAGGGGGUAAUAGCAUUUCACUUUCUGCCAUGACAACGACGCCCACUCCCAGCUAAUGCAUUGUUGUAGCUCAGUUUAAUGGAUGUUGACGAUCAGUUUGUGAAUUGAAGGUAGCAUUUAAGCUAGUGUUAGCUCGAAGCACACAUUUCGAAACUACGUUUCGUCGUGACUGUUCACUCAAACCUUAUUCCUUUCUAACACUUAGUAAAUGACUAUUUUAUUUAAAACGUAUUCAAAUGUCCCCCUAACGAUACUUUUUUUGUCGUGAGAAGUGUCGGUAGUCGCGCCAUUGACCGUUUAAAAAGUUGGAGCAUUAGAUUAGCUAACAUUGUUGAGACUGCAGGCGACUCCCAAAAGACUGCUUUUCAAGAAGGAGGAUCAAAGACAAAUUCACAUUGGGAGAGAGAACGUGGACACGUAUCCAGACUACUAGAAAAAGUCAAAUCAGCACUCCACAAGCGGAGGUCUGCGAAAAGGUCUCAGGUUGAGUGACCCACGAUAAGUUGCAGCAAAAGCAGCAGCAGCUCACCUGCAAGUCGGGAUCCUGCAAAAUAAGCUGAUCUUUCAGUCUUCUUCAGGGUCAGUGCGCAAAUAUCAGUGACAAGCUACACCGACACCAAACAAGUUUAUCAAGCCAAAAGGUGACCUGAACAGCAACAAGUGCACUGAAAAUUCAGUAUGAUCCAUUAUUUGUAGAAUAUGAAGCAGUUGACUCAACAAGUGGAAAAGAUGAAGGAAGAGGAACACUUUUAUCGGGCCUCAAGAAAAGCUGUGACGCUUUCUUUGUUGCAGAAGAGGAUGCACAAAGCUUUAGUGAAACACUUCAGACAACGUAACCUCCACGGCGAGGCUGAACUGGACUGCUGCCAGGCUCUUUGUCAAGAAGCCGACCAGAAAAUACAACCAGCUCAGGAGUCAUCUCUACUUUGGGCUCUACUACCACCAGUGACAUGGACAAACAAUCCAGCGUGGACACGGCCAAACCCGACAAUCCUCCUAAGGAAUAACUAUCAGUCCUGCUACAACAGCUUCAGCGUUCCCAGGUGACCGCGCCACUGAGCCCGCGCUCGCUCCAUCGCACCCCACUCCACGCCUGCUGCCACCCUGAAGGUAGAUGCAUCACGCCGGGGGACUGUACAGCCGCAGCAGCACCCCCACCCCACCCUAAAGCCUUGUCCUGUGGUCUCCUACACACGCACAUAACUCUCUUGGUCUCCAUACAGCCUUGACUCUUCACUCAGGUGGCGUCCACAGUCAGGAAGUCAUGUCCAGAUCGGGUGAUCGAACGUCGACCUUUGACCCAACACACAGUGACACGCUGCUGCACGGGCUCAACCUCCUGUGGAGGAAGCAGCUUUUCUGCGAUGUGACUCUCACCGCCCAAGGACAGCACUUCCACUGCCACAAAGCGGUGCUAGCGUCCUGCUCCCAGUAUUUCAGAUCGCUCUUCUCCUCGCAUAAUGCCAUCAACAACGAGGUCGGGAAAGGAGACCAGGGCAGCAGCGGCACCCCUUCGUCCUCGCCUGAUGACAAGCUGGUGGCCCCGAGCGCCAGGCCCAUCAAUAACCUGGUCCUGCAGGGCUGCUCCUCCAUUGGACUAAGACUAGUGCUGGAGUACCUCUACACUGCCAACGUGACUCUUUCCCUGGACACAGUGGAAGAGGUGCUGUCGGUCAGCAAGAUUCUCAACAUCCCCCAGAUCACCAAACUCAGCGUGCAGUUCCUCAACGACCAGAUAUCGGUGCAGAACUACAAGCAGAUCUGCAAGAUUGCUGCCCUCCACGGGCUGGACGAGACCAAGAAGCUGGCCAACAAGUACCUGGUGGAGGACGUGCUGCUGCUUAAUUUUGAGGAGAUGUGCGGCAUGUUGGACGCUCUGCCGCCCCCAGUGGAGUCGGAGCUGGCUCUCUUCCAGAUGUCGGUGCUCUGGCUGGAGCAUGACCGAGAGACCCGCAUGCACUACGCGCCGGACCUCAUGAAGAGGCUGCGCUUUGCCCUCAUCCCGGCACCGGAGCUGGUGGAGAGGGUGCAGUCGGUAGACUUCAUGAGGAGUGAUCCCAUCUGCCAGAAGCUGCUAAUGGACGCCAUGAACUACCACCUGAUGCCCUUCAGGCAGCACUGCAGGCAGACCACAGCCAGCAGAAUCCGUUCCAACAGGAGAAUGUUGUUACUGGUGGGUGGUUUGCCUCCUGGACCUGAUCGCCUGCCCAGCAAUUUGGUCCAGUACUAUGAUGAUGAAAAAAAGACAUGGAAGAUUCUCACAAUAAUGCCUUAUAACAGUGCCCAUCACUGCGUUGUGGAGGUGGAAAACUUCCUGUUGCUCCUAGGAGGAGAGGAUCAGUGGAACCCCAACGGAAAACACAGCACUCAUUUUGUAAGUCGCUAUGAUCCCAGAUUCAACAGUUGGAUACAACUUCCGCCUAUGCAGGAGAGGCGAGCCAGCUUUUUUGCCUGCCGUCUGGAAAAACACAUCUAUGUGAUCGGCGGUCGGAACGAGACUGGCUACCUCUCCAGCGUGGAGUCGUACAACCUGGAGACCAAUGAGUGGAACUAUGUGUCGUCUCUGCCACAGCCUCUGGCUGCCCACGCUGGAGCGGUACAUAACGGAAAAAUCUACAUAUCAGGUGGCGUCCACAAUGGCGAGUAUGUGGCCUGGCUCUACUGCUACGACCCUAUAAUGGACGUGUGGGCUCGCAAGCAGGACAUGAACACAAAGCGCGCUAUUCACACGCUAGCCGGAAUGAACGACCGCCUCUACGCGAUCGGGGGGAACCAUUUGAAAGGUUUCUCUCAUUUAGACGUUAUGCUCGUGGAGUGUUACGACCCCAAAGCCGACCAGUGGAGCAUCCUCCAGACGCCCAUCCUGGAGGGUCGCAGCGGUCCAGGCUGCGCCGUCCUGGAUGACAGCAUCUUCCUUGUGGGGGGCUACAGCUGGAGCAUGGGGGCCUAUAAGUCGUCAACAAUCUGCUACAGCCCAGAGAAAGCAACAUGGACAGAGUUGGAGGGAGAAGUGGCAGAACCUCUCGCGGGGCCGGCUUGUUCCACCGUCAUUCUUCCCGCCUGCCUCCCAUUUAACAAAUGACAACUAAUCCAGCCGAAAGGCGACGAUGGCGGCCAGUUCCACAUGGAUUGGGAAGAAUCGCCCCAAUAAGAAGUCAACAAUUUUACAACUGACCCGGGUCGUGUGUAUAAAUUAUUUUUUUACAAGUUUGACAGGAGCACUUUUGUUCUUCCCCUCCGAAGGUGUGAAGAGAAAGGGAAACACGCGGUGUAAAGUCAUGUAUCUAAACUUCUCUGUGCUCUGAGAAUGGUUUAUAUUAGGUAUGAUUUAUUUACACUGUUAGUGGGUGUUUUUGGCUUCUCCUCUAUAGCACGCAUAGUGUCGAGCUCAGUGCUAGCUUUCAGCUCCGUCGUAUCCUGUAGCCACAUAAACCCAAUGACAGACUGAGAGAGAGAGAGAGAGAGAGAGGGAUCAUUCCCAC